ACAAAUUAUGCCUUAUUGUAUGGUACCAGGUUGUACUAAUGAAUCUAGAACAACAAAAGAGACAGAAAUCUCGUACCACAGAUUGCCUAAAGAUAAAAAACUCUCGAAAACUUGGAUUGAAAAAACCAAACGUCACAACCCWCCAAAACGCGAGUCGUGCUACGUUUGUAGCGAACACUUCGAGCCAGAAUGCUUUAAUCGCUCAUUUAAAUUUCAAUUAGCUGGUCAAAAGGACAAAAAAACAUUAAAACCCGGUGCAGUCCCAACAAUUUUUAAGUUCAAGAAAGAAAGAAAAGAGCGUCCCCUUUCGAUCAAAAGAAGACGACAGCGAGAAAAAGAAGAAGUAAGUUUGACUACAAAUUGCCAUAUCUAUUAAUAAUUUAUUUAUUCUCUAUAUCGGCGUUCACUAAAUAUUUAUAUUUCUUCGGUUAAGGUGAUUGAACAGAUGGUAAAUGUUAGUCCUGGUUCGGAAGAUAUAACAUCUAUGYAUUUCUGUGAAGACAUACAUCAUGUUUCUGAUAAUACAGAUCAACCAGUCAUUGUUUCAAAAAGUGAUGCCAGCACUCAGUAUUGUUCUAGCGAUGUCUGUCAAAAUGACAAAAGAAGCAUUGGUACACAGACAUUAAAAACAAGACCUGAAAGAAAAAUAAAUGAAUCAGARAAACAAAUAAUUGAACAUAUACAGUCUAGAGCCUGUAGCAGUCAAAAUAUUGACCCACUCUGUGACCAUAACUAUUGUAUUCCUGCACCUCCACCUGUCUCACAUCUAGAUGAAAGAAACCAAAACAAAGCACAUGACAUGGAUGAGUUAGAUAAUGAUGAAUUAAAAUCUCCUGAGUUUGACAAGGAACAAGACAAUGAUAUGAGUAGCAGUGAAAAUGAUUAUAAUUCUAGUGAUGAUGAAUAUCAAUACCACAGUUCUGAUUGUGAGGGAAGUAGUGAUGAUUCUGAGACUGAAAUGGAGAAUAUUGAUCCUAUUACAAAUCACAAAACAUAUAUUGUAUUUGAAUCCCAAUUAAAUGAAUUAUUCAAGUUUUGUCAAGAAUGUAGAUCCCCAGUAUGUGAAGUCACAAAAACCAUUAAUGGUAGUAUGGUAACAAUACAUACUUUAUGCAUUCAAAAUCAUGAAUAUACAUGGAAAUCACAACCAACUAGUACAAGRAAGAAUAUACCUGCUGGAAAUUUACUGAUACCAGCUGCAAUUGUGUGUACAGGAGGGACAUUUCAAGAAUUUUCAAACUUUGCCCAGGCUUUGCAACUUAAUUUUAUAGGCAGGUCAUCUUUCUUUAAAAUGCAAGACAGCAUUAUAUUGCCUGUAAUAAAUAAACAGUAUAGAGAGCAACAACACACUAUCAUAAAUAACAUUAAAGAUGGAAACCCUGUUGACUUAUGUGGGGAUGGUCGAUCAGACAGUCCAGGGCAUACAGCCAAAUAUGGAAGCUAUAGUUUAAUGSAUGAAAAGUCUGGUAAGAUUGUAGACUUUUCACUUAUUCAUGUGUCUGAGGUAUCUUCUUCUAAUGCCAUGGAGUAUGAAGGUUGCAAGAGAUCACUGGACAAUCUGUUAAAUAGACAAAUUUCAAUUAACAACUUAAUCAAUGAAUUGUUYGGUAAAGCUACACUAUCAUGCAAACACCACAAGCUUUCAAGGAGAGAGCGCAAGGAAACUGUAUGGCUGAAACCAGGAUCCUCUGCCCAUGUUGCUUUGGAAGAAAUAGUCCACAACAAGAAAUUAUUGAAAGAUAUUCGAAAGCUUACUGAAUACCACCACACUGGUAAUCUUGAAGUAUUUCACUCACUCCUUCUGAAGUAUGCACCAAAGAGGACACACUUUUCGUAUCAAGGCAUGCUUGGUAGGAUCNAAUAUAACUUAAUACCAUAA